AUGGAUUCUUCUUUUCCACAUCUGGCGCCCCCGAAUGAUGACGCUCCAAAUGGCCUGUCAAAUGGACGUCUUAUAGUACAGCAAUAUGCCAAGAAUCCUUCGUCCAACGAUCCUGGAUUGCAAAACAUUUCCCCACCGGCAAACUUUCAAAAUCACAGGUUGGAUCAAGCAAUGUCGCCCUCCACUAUUAGACGAGAAACCCCUCGUAUUACUCAGUCAUCCCCUGGGAAUCCCCGCUCGGCAGCAAAUCCCAAUCCCCAAACUCGUUCUGCGACAUCUACGUUCCCCACGUUUUCAGUAUCUUCUCGGGACGAGCACCUUGAAACCACAACGUCUGUAGAAACACGUUCAUUACCUUCGCCAGACAUUACUGACACGACGAUUGAUGAUGCAUAUGUUUCCUUUAUUCUCUAUUGUAACCGAUGUGUACCCCCCGGAACUAAUACCACUGAAUUACGGAAGAUAUUUCGUAUGCCGCCACGAAGCGAGGGUAAAAGCUUUUGUAUAUUUACACUGUGGCAGCUUAUUCAAAAGCUUGACCGCAAAGAACUGAAGACAUGGAUCCAGCUGGCAAUUGAACUAGGAGUCGAACCGCCAUCAGUUGAGAAGAAACAAAGUACCCAAAAAGUCCAACAGUACGCUGUGCGGCUAAAGUCUAACACUGUUCAGCGAUGGAUGCGUGCUAUGCAUGUGGAUGCCUUUUUUGAAUACUGUCUGGGACAUGAACAUCUAUACUAUACCCAGCUAACCUCUUCAACCGAGCCCAACGCGGAAAGUCGUGACGGUGUACCGCGAGAAGAAGAUCUGGCUCUAAGAGCGCUUUUUCCUGAAUGGAAGCCUAAAAAGGGUCGAAAAAGAGCGGAGGCUGUGGAAUUGGAUGAUGCAAAGUCUUCUAAGCGACCUCAUCUGAACAUACCAUCCGUUGGGUUGGAAAGUAGCGGAUUGAAUUACAACCCGGAGACAUUUCCUCACUCAGGAUUCCAACAGUCUGCAAUCCCUUGGAGCGCCUUUCCAGACCAUUUAGAACAGCAUGACCCCUUUGGGCCUCAUUCUGCCCUCCCGGAACGACUCAGGCAGAUAAUCCGCUCAAUCAUCACCCACUUGGCCCUCGGGAACUGA